AUGACCCAACUCACUCGUCCCCACUCCCCCCCUUCCAAACCCCGAUUGUAUCGUACUCUCCAAUGUCCGCAUGCUCAGCGCGUCGCGUGGGCCCUUCGAUCGCUUGGCAUCGACCAUGAGAUUGUGGAGAUCGAUCUCGCCAACAAGCCCGAAUGGUACCCUGAGGUCAACCCUCGGGCCACGGUUCCGGCGCUCGAACUUCCCGAUGGCAAAGUCUUGAUUGAGUCGUCUGAGAUUGUUUACUACUUGGAGGAGGCCUAUGGGUCCGGGUUGGAGGGCAAAAGUCUGCUCAGCAAGGGACCCGUUCGAGCGCUAUCAAACUCGCAUCACGAUCUGUACAUUUGCGGACAAGGUUUCUCCUCGGCCUACGGCGCCUUCGUGCGCAACACCGACCGCACCAAAAAAGACGAAAUCCACACCCAGCUCCUCUCUGCUCUCAAAGACCUCAUCAACACGUUCCCGGCCACAGGCCUUCCCAGCAAACUCGCCAUCAUCCACAUCUUCCCCCAUCUCUGGAGGUUGAACGUGGUGGGCCCCUACUGGCGUGGUUUGGACAUUCCGAAGAACAAGGAUUUCCAGCCUUACUGGAAUUUGGUGGAGGCUGCUAGCAAGGAUGAGGGGUUUUUGAAGACGAGGCCUGAAGAGGAAGACACUAUCAAGGCGUAUGGGAAGUGGUAUAAGGAGAGGAUUUGA